GAGGGGCCGGCCCGUCAGUCUGCGCCCGGUCGCAGCGGGUUUGGGGGGGGGCAGCGCCGGUCUGCGCCCGCCGCCUGCAGGAAGAUGGCGACGCUGAAGGCCGUGUGUGUGAUGAAGGGGGACGGCCCCGUGGAGGGCGUCAUCCACUUCCAGCAGCAGGGUAACGGACCAGUAAAAGUUACUGGAAGAAUCAGUGGCUUGUCUGAUGGAGAUCAUGGCUUCCAUGUCCACGAAUUUGGGGACAACACAAAUGGAUGUACCAGUGCAGGUGCUCACUUCAAUCCUGAAGGCAAGAAGCAUGGUGGACCAAAGGAUGCAGAGAGGCACGUGGGUGACCUCGGCAACGUGACUGCUAAAGGAGGAGUAGCAGAUGUGGAAAUAGAAGAUUCCGUCAUCUCUCUGACUGGACCACACUGCAUCAUUGGGCGCACCAUGGUGGUCCAUGCAAAAAGCGACGACCUGGGCAAAGGGGGAGACAACGAGAGCACGCUAACUGGGAAUGCCGGGCCUCGCCUGGCCUGUGGUGUCAUCGGAAUAGCCAAGUGCUGAGUGGUGUGCCUGAAGUGCUCGAGGCGACAUUGAGAAACGUGCCGGUGUUCAUCGUGGUCACCGUACUUGCUCUUCCUCGUUCAAGCAACAGAUUUCAGUUAAUCUCAUUACUACUCUGCAUUCUUGAGUAUCAGUUAAACUGGUGAAGACUGACUUAAUUUUGUAACGUGUAUAUUGCAAUUAAAGUGAUGUUGAUGGAAAAGCUCUGUAGUCUCCUGCUAAAGCACCUGCUGUAACCCCUUUAAGAACAAUCCUCACUACCUGGAGCAGCUCCUGCUGGGUGAUGGGUGUUAGUGUCACAUGCUGGGCACAAAGCUGCUAGUGCAUGGUGGGGUUGGGGAGAUGCGGAGCCUCGGGAGCUCUGCCAGGGCUACCCACCAAAGAGCAGUGGGCGCAGUUUGCCAUGUUGUACAUUUCAAAGUUGCAUAAUAAACUUGCUGGCAAAUACA